UUAUUAUUUUUUUAACAUCCUUGUUCCUUCACAUGAAGGAGCGUCGGUGGAAAAAAAAAAAAGAAACGCUAGUUCUCUGGAGACGUCCUCCCACACAUCCAGUAUGUGGGUGUCUUUUGCACCUCACAGCGGAGAAAAACACAGGGUGGGUGGGAAAGCAGGGCAGAACUGAGAAGUAAUAGCGAAUAGAUCAGAAAUAUGCCAGAGGGAGUAGGGCUGGGACGGGUGAAGGGAGUAAGGACAAGAGGAACGAUUGGGACUGAAGUUAGACUUUUUGUCUUUAAACGGCUAGAAAGUUGAGAGAGAAGUGAGCGAGGCCUGGGGAAGAGGGGAGAGGAAGGAAGCAGAGAUCAGCACCGAAGUCUGAUUCUGUCUCUAGUUCUCGCGGGCGGGGAGUCCCGGGCGGGCGGCGGAGGCCACACCCCGGGCUUGAUCACCCUGGGCCUGAUCGCCCCGCACUUUCGAGAACUCAGCAGGAGCUGCUGCGUGAACCCGUGUACGAACGAGCCAUGAAUGAUCCUCUGGACAGAAUGGGGACUCCUGGGCCACGAGGAGCUUCGAAUCCCGCGGGCUCACCCCGUCGCCCACGGCGCGCCGGGUUCUUUCCGCGCGGGCAGGGGCGCGGGGCUCCUCUGGCCCCAGGCGCCCGGAAUCCCGCCGCUGCGGGGACCAGCGGAAGCAGGGGCAGCGCCCAAGAGGACCAGUCGGCAGCCCGAGCCCCCGGAUCGCUGGCUGGAAAGAGCCCGGACUGUGAGUCCUGGGUCAGAGAGAAAGUGCUCUUUCUACUGCACCCAGAGAGGUGGUUGGGGACUCCAGGGGACCUUGCACGGGAAGAGGUGGCUGGUGGGGAGGAUCUUCCCCAGACGGGUGGAGACGACCAGGAGCCCCGCUGCCCAUCUCCCCUCUUUCCACGAGGACAGCGAAUAUCUGACAACCAUGUAGACUUUCCCUUCCGAGCCCUGGGGCGGGACUCAGCAGCCCCACCCAAAUCCGUGCUUGUGCGGAUCGUGGAUUAUCAGGUGACCCAAGAAGUGCUGCAGACCGCUUGGACGAGGGGCUGCAUGACCACAAGGACCGAGGAGCGCUCCAUGACCGCGAUCACUUUUCGCACCAACAGUGCGUAAGGCGGUUUUGGGAGUGCCGGGGGAUUAAACAGGAAAGAGGAGCCGGAGAAAUGCGCAACGUUGGUGGAUCUGCGGUAAUCCUUAAAGAAAAAAAAAAAAGCUAUUCGGCAACUCCAGCCUGCAAUUAACCGUCAGAAAGAAUCUUUUAAGAUGCUGGCACAACAAUUAAAGGUGACAGGGCACCCGGUACAGCUUGCAGAACUGUAAGAAAUGUAACACCUCCUUCGUGACUUAAAUACCGUGAUGGCCUGGGGAAUCUAAGUCAUUCAGAAGACAGGAAGAAAAGGACAUACAAGCAGAAAUGAAGUUACUGGUCUUCUUACUCCAAGGCUGAGAUUGGAUGAGAAGAGAGAUU